AUGGGCAGCGAUUCAUUAGUCGACACGAGCACCAACGAAGCAACGGACCCCGGCAGCAAUGCCCUGCCUGAUAGCAACAAGCAGGCAGCAGACGCGGCCGGUAAUCUCCUAACUGACAGCAACAAGCAGGCAGCAGACGCGGCCGGCAAUCUCCUGCCUGACAGCAACAAGCAGGCAGCAGACGCGGCCGGCAAUGUCCUGCCUGACAGCAACAAGCAGGCAGCAGACGCGGCCAGCAAUGUCCCGGCUGACAGCAACAAGCAGGCAGCAGACGCGGCCGGCAAUGUCUUGCCUGACAGCAACAAGCAGGCAGCAGACGCGGCCAGCAAUGUCCUGGCUGACAGCAACAAGCAGGCAGCAGACGCGACCCGCAAUGUCCUGCCUGACAGCAGCAAGCAGGCAGCAGACGCGGCCGGCAAUCUCCUGACUGACAGCAACAAGCAGGCAGCAGACGCGGCCGGCAAUGUCCUGCCUGACAGCAACAAGCAGGCAGCAAACGCGGCCAGCAAUGUCCUGCCUGACAGCAACAAGCAGGCAGCAGACGCGGCCGGCAAUGUCCUGCCUGACAGCAACAAGCAGGCAGCAGACGCGGCCGGCAAUCUCCUGACUGACAGCAACAAGCAGGCAGCAGACGCGGCCGGCAAUGUCCUGCCUGACAGCAACAAGCAGGCAGCAGACGCGGCCGGCAAUGUCCUGCCUGACAGCAACAAGCAGGCAGCAGACGCGGCCGGCAAUCUCCUGACUGACAGCAACAAGCAGGCAGCAGACGCGGCCAGCAAUGUCCCGGCUGACAGCAACAAGCAGGCAGCAGACGCGGCCGGCAAUCUCCUAACUGACAGCAACAAGCAGGCAGCAGACGAGGCAGUGAAGGAGGCGGGCGGCGAGGCAGUGAAGGAGGCGGGCGGCGAGGCAGUGAAGGAGGCGGGCGGCGAGGCAGUGAAGGAGGCGGGCGGCGAGGCAGUGAAGGAGGCGGGCGGCGAGGCAGUGAAGGAGGCGGGGGGCGAGGCAGUGAAGGAGGCGGGCGGCGAGGCAGUGAAGGAGGCGGGCGGCGAGGCAGUGAAGGAGGCGGGCGGCGAGGCAGUGAAGGAGGCGGGCGGCGAGGCAGUGAAGGAGGCGGGCGGCGAGGCAGUGAAGGAGGCGGGCGGCGAGGCAGUGAAGGAGGCGGGCGGCGAGGCAGUGAAGGAGGCGGGCGGCGAGGCAGUGAAGGAGGCGGGCGGCGAGGCAGUGAAGGAGGCGGGCGGCGAGGCAGUGAAGGAGGCGGGCGGCGAGGCAGUGAAGGAGGCGGGCGGCGAGGCAGUGAAGGAGGCGGGCGGCGAGGCAGUGAAGGAGGCGGGCGGCGAGGCAGUGAAGGAGGCGGGCGGCGAGGCAGUGAAGGAGGCGGGCGGCGAGGCAGUGAAGGAGGCGGGCGGCGAGGCAGUGAAGGAGGCGGGCGGCGAGGCAGUGAAGGAGGCGGGCGGCGAGGCAGUGAAGGAGGCGGGCGGCGAGGCAGUGAAGGAGGCGGGCGGCGAGGCAGUGAAGGAGGCGGGCGGCGAGGCAGUGAAGGAGGCGGGCGGCGAGGCAGUGAAGGAGGCGGGCGGCGAGGCAGUGAAGGAGGCGGGCGGCGAGGCAGUGAAGGAGGCGGGCGGCGAGGCAGUGAAGGAGGCGGGCGGCGAGGCAGUGAAGGAGGCGGGCGGCGAGGCAGCAGUGAAGGAGGCGGGCGGCGAGGCAGUGAAGGAGGCGGGCGGCGAGGCAGUGAAGGAGGCGGGCGGCGAGGCAGUGAAGGAGGCGGGCGGCGAGGCAGUGAAGGAGGCGGGCGGCGAGUCAGUGAAGGAGGCGGGCGGCGAGGCAGUGAAGGAGGCGGGCGGAGAGGCAGUGAAGGAGGCGGGCGGCGAGGCAGUGAAGGAGGCGGGCGGCGAGGCAGUGAAGGAGGCGGUCAACGAGGGAGACAGCACCCCUGGCAAAGACAGCACCCCUGGCAAAGGCAACACCCGUGGCAAAGGCAACACCCCUGGCAAAGGCAACACCCGUGGCAAAGGCAACACCCGUGGCAAAGGCAACACCCGUGGCAAAGGCAACACCCGAGGCAAAGGCAGCACCCGUGGCAAAGGCAGCACCCGUGGCAAAGGCAGCACCCAUGGCACCCGAGUGGCGGUGGUGGGUACGAGGAUGAAGGUGCAGGGGCGCUCCUUUGCCUUCACCUUCUCCCGCUGUGUCACCAUUCGGGGCGGGGCGGGGCGCGGGAAGAAGAAGGUGCAGGUGGCAUGGCAGCAGGUGGGGAAGGCGGCAUGCAAGGAGAUUCAGUUCUUUGCUGCGCCGGACUGCAAGGGAACGGCCGUGGACACUCUCGUGAAGGGCAAGGGGUCUAAGGCGAUUGCCUCAUCAGUGAAGUCUGCUCGCUGUGCCACUGAGGACGCCCCAGAGGAGUAA